UUUUGUGAAGAGUAGAAAGUGUUCUCUUUGAAGAUUUCGUUUUGUCCGUGUUUUGUUAAUUUUUAAUUUCCGCAAUCUUUUCCGUUAUGGCUCACCAUCUGACCACCGUUGCCCGAGUGGCCUCAUCAGCCCUUGUGGGAAAUCUGAGCAAAACGGCCUCCCGCAGUAUCAGCACAACCGGUUCCGUCUACGAGCCACGCCGUUUGCCGGACAAAACGGGCAAAAAUGUCGUCCUCGUCGAUGGAGUUCGUACCCCGUUUCUGACAUCCGGUACCGACUACUCCAAGCUAAUGCCUCACGAGCUGGCCCGCCAUUCACUUCUGAGCCUUUUGCGCAAGACGAAGGUGGACAAGGAAGUGAUCGACUACAUCGUGUACGGGACGGUCAUACAGGAGGUGAAGACUUCGAACAUCGCGCGCGAAGCGGCCCUCAGUGCCGGUUUCAGCAACAAAACCCCGGCCCACACCGUCACGAUGGCUUGCAUUAGCUCGAACCAAGCCAUCACGACCGGCAUCGGGCUGAUCGCGACGGGAACGUACGACGUGAUCGUAGCCGGUGGGGUAGAGUUCAUGUCCGACGUACCGAUCCGCCACAACCGCAAGAUGCGCUCUCUGAUGCUGCGCGCCAACAAGGCCAAAACCAUGGGCCAGCGGCUACAGCUACUGUCCACCAUUCGCCCCGAUUUCUUCGCUCCAGAGUUGCCAGCGGUGGCAGAAUUUUCGUCCGGCGAAACCAUGGGCCACUCGGCUGACCGGCUGGCGGCUUCGUUUAACGCUUCGCGCCAGGAGCAGGAUGACUAUGCGUUGCGUUCGCACACACUGGCCAAGGACGCACAGGACAAGGGCUACUUUACCGAUCUGGUGCCGUUCAAGGUUUCGGGCGUUGACAAAACGAUCGAAAAAGACAACGGCAUUCGGGUAUCGUCCAAGGAAGCUCUGGCCAAACUCAAACCAGCGUUCGUGAAGCCGUACGGCACGGUGACGGCUGCCAACGCGUCCUUCCUCACGGACGGUGCGUCGGCCUGUUUGGUCAUGGCGGAGGACAAAGCGAAAGCACUUGGAUUGCGCCCCAAGGCGUACCUCCGCGAUUUCCUGUACGUUUCGCAGGAUCCCAUUGACCAGCUGCUGCUCGGUCCGGCCUACGGUAUUCCGAAGCUGCUGAAAAAGGCCGGCCUCACUCUGAAGGACAUCGAUUCCUGGGAAAUUCACGAGGCGUUCGCCGGACAAAUCAUUGCCAACCUGAAAGCGCUCGAUUCGGACUACUUUUGCAAAAACUAUCUAGGAUUGAACGAGAAGUUCGGCACUCCCGACCUGUCCAAGUGGAACAACUGGGGCGGAUCGCUGUCCAUCGGCCAUCCGUUUGCCGCCACCGGCGUACGCUUGUGCAUGCAUACGGCCAAUCGUUUGGUGCGCGAAAAUGGGCAACUCGGCGUUGUGGCGGCCUGUGCCGCUGGUGGCCAAGGCGUUGCGAUGCUGUUGGAGCGGCACCCGGAUGCGAACGCCGAGUAGUGUAGCGCCGACGCCGACCGUUAACGGGGGCAGGGUGGCCAAAACAGGGGACAUCUAGCAGCGGAGUCUAGCAGCGUCUGUGUUUAUCUUUCACCGUUUUUCCCCAUUUAAGUUCUGGACACAUCCGCACCGCAGGAGGGGUCGGGAAGGAGCGAAUCGGGUUGGUGCCGAAAGAACUGAACCGUCCCAACGUCUCUCACCCUUCCUCGGAGGCGGAAAAAGGAACGAAACCUUUUUUGUAACCGAUUGUCAAAUUAUCUUUUUUGUCAUCCAACGUGAUUUGUAAGCGUAGGUUUAAAUAAAUGUAUCUAAUAAUCUAAGGUCCAACCGUCA